AUGGGGUCCUUCAGCCGACAGGAGUUCUUCCAUGAGCUUGUGGAGGGCUGCCUUCUGCCCACCACUCAGCAGGGCCUGGAGCAGGUCUGGCAGCUUCUGGUCAUCUGCCUUCUAUGCCGACUUCUCUGGAUUCUGGGCCUCCCAUCCUAUGUGAAACACCUGAGCACUGUGGCAGGAGGGUUCUACACCCUGUACCUGUUCUUUGAGCUCCACAUGGUGUGGGUGGUACUGCUCAGUCUACUGUGCUACCUCAUCCUCUUCCUCUGUCGACACUCCAGUAACCGGGCCACCUUCCUCUCCAUCACCAUCCUCAUCUACCUGCUCAUGGGAGAGCUGCAUAUGAUGGACACCACCACCUGGCACAAAAUGAGAGGUUCCCAGAUGGUGGUUGCCAUGAAGGUCAUCUCUCUAGCCUUUGACCUGGAUCGAGGUGUGGUGGCUAAUGUGCCUUCUCCUGUGGAGUUCAUGGGCUAUAUCUACUUUGUUGGGACUAUCAUAUUUGGGCCCUGGAUCAGCUUUAACAGCUACAGAGAGGCUAUAGAGGGCCGCAAACUGAGUUUCUCCUGGAUAUGGAAAGUGUGUGUCAGCUGGGUGAAGAGCCAGCUGUGUCUGAUCACCUCUAACUGUGUUGCUCCCUACCUCUUCCCUUACUUCAUCCCCAUCUACGAAGACAAGCUGCUACGCAAGUGGCUCCUGGCCUAUGAGAAUGCACUCUCAUUCCACUUCAGCAACUACUUUGUGGGUUACCUGAGUGAGACCACCACCACUCUGGCUGGAGCAGGCUUUACUGAGGAGAAAGACAACCUCAAAUGGGAUAUGAUGGUUGCUAGGCCCCUGCAUGUGGAGUUUCCCAGGUCUAUGGUGGAGGUGGCCACCUCAUGGAAUCUGCCCAUGUCCAGAUGGCUCAACACCUAUGUUUUUACCAGUGCUCGCAACCUUGGAACCUUUUCAGCCAUCCUAGUGACAUACACAGCCAGUGCACUUCUACAUGGUCUCAGCUUCCACCUGGGUGCAGUGCUACUGUCUCUCGGGUUCAUCACGUAUAUUGAGCAUGUUUUGCGGAAGAGAUUGGCAGCCAUUUUUAAUGCGUGUAUUCUGUCAAAGAAAUGCCAGCCAAACUGUUCUCACACGAACAAUAAGGUCCUGUGGGUGUACAUCAUUAACGUAGCCUUCAGCACCCUGGCUGUCUUCCACCUGGCAUACCUGGGCUCUCUGUUCAACUCCAGUAGUGAAGUGGCCAACCACACCAUUCAGAAGUGGUCGGAGCUGAGCUGGGCCAGCCACUGGGUGACAUUUGGCUGCUGGGUGCUCUACCGCAUCAUCCUCUAA